AUGUGCUGCCGGUCAGGAGGCGGAGGCAGGGCAGAUGCUUCACUUCCUCUUGGAUGGUCCUCCAGGCUGCAUUAUGCAGCUGCUGGUGGCUCCACGCGGAUGAUGGACUUCUGUGUCAAGAUGCUCGGCAUUCCCAUUGAUGUGCCUGACAAUGAUGGUGACACUCCUCUCAUGAUUGCUGCGCACGAGGGCAAUGUGGAGGCAGUACGCUGGCUGUUGGCAGCUGGAGCCUCACUUGAGCUCCGUAAUGCAGAAGGGAUGUCUCCUUUGCUAGCGGCAGCUGCCGGCGAGCAGACAGAGGCUGGCAACCCAUUAGUGCUUUGCAGCUGGAAUCGGUCUUGCAGUUGCUGUCUCACGUUGCCGGAGAGGCGUGGCGUCUUGGUUAGUUUCGCCAUGCUCUUUGCUCCGCUGGCAGUACGAGUCUCAGACAGGGGCUUCUACUCGUUGGUUCAGACUUACCCCUGGGACUUCAUCUCAGACAGGGCAUCGCCAGUCGCGCAGCUUGCUGCGGAGGGAGCUCAGGCGUUGAGGUCAUCAGAUGCCCACCUGAAUUCGGUGGCCGGAGCGCUGACAGAUCUACUGAAGUCCGGCAGGAUCCUCGGUGACAAGGGGACCGGCUCUUUGUCUGCCAUCGCGCAGGCGUCGAACACAUCAGGCAUUGUCGAGACAAUCAAAGAGUUGCUGAAUGUCACUAUGAAAGGUCUGGCAGCCAUUGCCGAGUCCAAGAAGGUCUUCACAGCAUGCCGCCAGACCUACGAGGCAGCCGACCAUGUUCGUUUUCCACCUGCCUCUCUGUUGCAGACGGUCAACGCUACCCCGUGGUACGAGGAGUACUUCGCGGCCUACUCGCAGUGCAAGACUUGGGAGGCCCAGAUUGGCAGGGAUAUGACGGCUUGCGACUACCAUUGCACCUCAGAGGUGAAGGUUGUCGGUGAGGAUUGUACUUUCCUGGGCGAUCAAUGUGGUCCUCUUGACUGCGCACCCGUUAGCGGCGAAGGCUACAAGUCAUUCCUGGAGCGAAUGAUCAAGGACAUCAAGUCUCAUUUAGACUUCUUGGUCUGGGAGCUGACCUCAGACACCGCAAGUCCGUACCAGGAAGGUUUGUUUCAAGCACAGGCCAGUUCAGGCACAGGCGAUUUGAGCACCCGAAUGCCCCGAUUCAAGCACCAGACCGGAACCACCGGGGUCCGUGUCAAAGCCAUGCCUGGCUGCGGCCUCACAUCAGUCCAAUCGGCCGACUGGUGGGGCGGGGGGGUUGACCGUUCCCGGUUCGCCGACUCGACGGAGCGCUACAACGAGACCCAUGGAUGCAACGACAUUUGGGGAACGGCCGAGCGUUGCUUCAAGGACUGCGAUGGCCAUGUCUCAGAGAUUCAGGACCUUGUGCCUCGGUGCCUUCCAGGCAGUCCGUCAUCCCAGGACAUUUGCAAUGUCGCGGCUUUUACCAUUGCUGAGAAAAAGUUCGAUCCAGAGGAUACAGGCACCGGGAUUGGUUCGACAGGUCUUUUCGCAGUGGUCCUCACAGCUCGCCAGGAACUGAAAUCGCAGCGAGUCGCCUGGCAGACCUACGACCAGAGCUCCUUUGGUCCAAGCCAGGCUGCAAAGCUAACGGAGUGCAUGGAGAAGGACUUCGCUCAGGAUCCAGAAGUGCUGGCGAUGGCCAUUGAGCCAGGUGUUCCGGAGACUAAACUGGAUGCCUUUAGCUGCAACGUCAGUGAAACCCCUGGCACUCCGGAAUUCGAUGCGAUUCACUAUGGAAACCUCCCAUCGGGUUUGGCAACCUGCCCGCAGCUCCACUGUGAGGAAGCCUGCAACGGCAACGUCAACAUCUCCUCCAUCCGAGCCUUGGACGCUACCACGGCAGCACCGCUUCCGGAGAUGACCACAGUGCCAACCAAGUGCUUCAAGAAGGCAGGCGGAUCCGAUGCCGUUUACUGGGACUUGGGCUCUGAGCAAUCCGUUGGCACGGUGACAGCCGACCCUGCUGCCACUGUUUCUAGCAUCAAGGUGUACCUCACCAAUGCUGAGCAUGGCGCAGUCCUCGCCUCCACGGAGCUUUGCGGAACCAUCACUGAGAAGUCGAAGUCAGUGGAGUGCGGCGCACGAAGUGCAGCUCGAUACCUUGUGAUGCAGCCGUUCAUCACGGGCACCUGCGUCUUCGGCGGCUGCACGCCCAGCUGGUGCGGUAUGAUGGUAGAUGGCAGCAACAUGACACAGGAGCCAAUGUCCACGACCGGUAGCUCCUUCAUGGGCGAGAUUGUGGUGAACGCCACCGCCUAG